AUGGCUUCCCUCGCCAAUCUCUGGGCCUCCCUCACAGCCGCCACGACCACGACCGCGACCGCGCCUCCGCUCCUCAUCGCCCUCGUCCUCGUCAUCCUCGCCAUGGCCUGGUCCCCCUUCGUCUCGUCGUCUCCCCGCUGGAACCCAGCAGGCCGCAACGUCUUGAUCACGGGCGGGUCCCAGGGCCUAGGCCUGGCCCUCGCACAGCUCCUCGCCUCCCAGGGCAGCAACGUCACCAUCUGCGCCCGCACAGAGUCCAAGCUCCAGUCCGCCGUCGACUCGAUCCGCGCAUCCGCAAAAACCUCCGCCCCCUCCCAGAGGAUCGACUACGUGGCCGCCGACAUCUCGACCUUCGCCGGCGCCCAGCACGUCGUCGCCUCGUGCCCCGUCGUCCCCGAUACGGUCUUUUGCUGCGCCGGCGGCGCCAAGCCGGGCUUCUUUCUCUCCCAGACCGAGGCCGAUUUCCAGGCCGGCAUCAAGACCGACUACCUCACAUGCCUCUCGACGGCCCACGCCGCCGCCAACGCAAUGGCCCGCGCCUACCCCGUCGUCGCCAGCGGCAGCGGCGACAAGGCCGCCGCGUCGACCCCGGCGCCGCGCCCCAAGAUUGUCCUGGUCUCGUCGAUGCUCGGCUUCAUGGGCCUGGUGGGCUACUCGCAGUACACGCCCAUGAAGCACGCCAUCCGCGGCCUGGCCGAGUCGCUCCGCAGCGAGCUGCUCCUCUACGGCAUCGACGUCCACGCCUACUUUCCCGCCACCAUCCUCAGCCCGGGCUUUGACGAGGAGAACAAGACCAAGCCCAAAAUCACGCGCGACAUCGAGGGCGCCGACGAGGGGCUCACGCCAGAGCAGUGCGCAAAGAAGCUCGUCAGGGGCCUACAAGCCAACAACUUCUUCAUCACCUCCGACACCGUCACCGACCUCUUUCGCUCCUCGGCCCUCGGUUCAGCGCCGACCAACAACGUCGUCCUGGACCGCAUCAUGGCCGUCGUCGCCUGGAUCGCGCUGCCCAUCUGGCGCCAUUUCGAGGCCGACAAGGCCAUCAAGGCGCACCGACAGCAGCACUACGAGGAUCUCGGCCUGUCGUCGUCGUCGUCGUCGUCGUCGUCGUCCUAG